CCAGUUGCUGCCGCCGCCGCCGCCUCACCGCCCGCCGCCUCUUGUAACCUGAAGCUGCUGCCGGCCACAUUCCCCUUUCGCCAUGGAGGAUUAUCACAAGCCCGACCAGCAGACGCUGCAGGCCCUGAAGGACACGGCUAAUCGGCUCCGCAUCAGCUCCAUCAGGGCCACCACUGCGGCCGGCUCCGGCCACCCGACAUCAUGUUGCAGUGCUGCAGAAAUCAUGUCUGUGCUGUUUUUUCAUACCAUGAGGUACAAACCACAGGAUCCCAGAAAUCCCAACAACGACCGUUUUGUUCUCUCCAAGGGACACGCAGCACCCAUCUUGUAUGCAGUCUGGGCUGAAGCGGGCUUUAUCCAUGAAUCAGAACUGUUAAACUUGAGAAAAAUAGAUUCUAUUUUGGAAGGCCACCCUGUGCCAAAACAAGCAUUCACAGAUGUAGCUACUGGAUCACUUGGUCAGGGACUGGGUGCUGCGUGUGGCAUGGCCUACACUGGGAAGUACUUUGACAGAGCAAGCUACCGAGUGUAUUGUGUCCUUGGGGAUGGAGAACUCUCCGAAGGCUCUGUUUGGGAGGCCAUGUCCUUUGCUGGUUUCUACAGACUGGAUAAUUUGGUUGCCAUCCUUGAUAUUAACCGACUGGGACAAAGUGACCCUGCUCCUCUGCAACAUCAUGUUGAAAUCUACCAAAAACGCUGUGAAGCCUUUGGCUGGCAUGCUAUCAUUGUGGAUGGGCACAGCGUGGAGGAACUGUGCAAAGCCUUCAGCCAGGCUAAACACCAGCCAACCGCAAUUAUUGCCAAGACUUUCAAAGGCAGAGGAAUAACAGGUAUUGAGGACAAGGAAAGCUGGCAUGGAAAGCCUCUUCCCAAAAACAUGGCUGAGCAAGUAAUUCAGGAGAUUGAUGAGAAAAUCCAGAACAAGAAAAAGCUUUCUCCAGCUCUUCCACAAGAAGACGCCCCAGCUGUUAAUAUCAAAAAUAUUAAGAUGCCGUCUCCACCAAGCUACAAGAUAGGAGAGAAGUUUGCUACCCGCAAAGCAUACGGUCUGGCUGUCGCAAAACUGGGCCACGCCUCUGACCGUGUGGUGGCUUUGGACGGCGAUACCAAAAAUUCUACUUUCUCUGAGUUGUUUAAGAAGGAGCACCCCAGCCGUUUCAUCGAAUGCUACAUUGCUGAACAAAACAUGGUGAGUGUUGCUGUUGGUUGUGCCACCCGUGACAGAAACAUUGUCUUUGCUAGCACCUUUGCCACAUUUUACACGAGGGCAUAUGAUCAGAUCCGUAUGGCGGCCAUUUCUGAGAGCAACAUAAAUCUCUGUGGAUCUCACUGUGGUGUAUCCAUUGGUGAAGAUGGGCCUUCGCAGAUGGGUCUGGAAGAUUUGUGCAUGUUCCGUGCCAUUCCUAAUGCAACUGUAUUUUACCCCAGUGAUGCUGUAGCCACCGAAAAGGCAGUCGAAUUGGCUGCAAAUACCAAGGGCAUCUGUUUCAUAAGGACCAGCCGCCCAGAAAAUACAGUGAUUUAUGGCAGCAAUGAGGACUUCCAUGUUGGACAAGCCAAAGUGGUGUUCAAGAGCAAGGAUGACCAGGUUACAGUUAUUGGAGCAGGAGUGACCCUGCACGAGGCGCUGGCUGCAGCUGAGCAACUGAAGAAAGAGAAAAUUUCCAUCAGAGUGAUAGAUCCAUUUACUAUCAAACCUCUGGAUAAGAAAACUAUACUUGAAAAUGCAAGAGCAACCAAAGGCAGAAUUAUCACUGUGGAAGACCAUUAUUAUGAAGGUGGCAUUGGAGAAGCUGUCUCUGCUGCUGUGGUGGGAGAGCCGGGAAUCACAGUUGCCCGCCUGGCUGUGUCCCACAUACCAAGGAGCGGAAAGCCAGCUGAGCUGCUUAGGAUGUUUGGCAUUGAUAAGGAAGGCAUAAUCCAGGCUGUGAAGAUGGCGGUGUCCAAAUCGAGAAACGCAGAGUAGCUGGCAUUGUAUCCCUACUGUGCCACGCUGGAGAGCAGUGUUUGGGUUUCUUGUUGUUUUCUAAAGGAGUACGGUAACUUUCAAACACAUGCUUAAAACUAUAUGCAGAGAGUUUUAAUGGAAGAGUUCUAAUAAAAGUUUUGGGA